AAUCGAUCCUAUGCAUCUUAACCCCGCGAUGAGACCCCUUCGUAUGCACUCUCUACUUUUCCCCUGAUCCCGAUGUCGGAAGCCCCAGAGAUAUGGCUCCAACGUCCGGAAAACCAGCCCCUAGCUCUUUGGAAAAUGGCCAUGGCACCAGCUCAACUUCUGCUGUCCAUGACCUCUUAACUAUGCUCUCACCAGAGGACCAGGGCAGCAGAAAUUUCAGACCCAAUGCAUCCCUAGUUUUGGUUGGUAUCCGGGGUAGCGGAAAACGCUCUCUUGGUUUCAUAGCUGCAACGGCUUUGAAUUGGCGGUUUAUCACCGAGGACCAUUACUUCAAAGAGAUUAUUGGAUGUUCACGCUCUGAGUUUCUGCAGAAAGCUGGGAGGCGGGAGUUCCACCGCAAGGACGUGGAGGUAUUGAAGUUGAUGCUGGAUAACCAUCGGGCCAAAUGCGUGAUUGAAUGCGGAUUGGGGAGCCUUACGCAGUCUUUCCAGCAGUAUCUUCAGCAAUAUGCACGGACCAAUCCAGUUGUUUACCUGCUGCGGGAUAUGGACCAGAUCCAGAGGCUUUUGAACUUGGAGGAUAGCGCGGUGCAAUUACUGCAGAGCACCGAUCCGUCGCACCGAAGUGGCUCAAAUCUAGAAUUCUACAACCUUGAGGAUCAUUCCAGUGAUUCACAUGGCCAAGACGAUGCAAGUGAUCGAAGAUGCGCCUCUUACUCGUUUAAGUUGAAAGAGGUUAAAGAAGACUUUACCCAUUUUGUCCGCUUUGUUACUGGAGUAGGCAUAGCCCUGUCAGGGUUCGAUUCCGAGCCGUUUUCGCUUCUAGAGGAUAAGAUUGAGUCUAGUCUUCAUACCCAUGCCAUCUUUGUGCGUUUAUCCAACCUGUUGGAUGGCCUAGUUGAUCUUUGUGAGCUGGACUCGGGCGGUGAAGCAGUGGAAUUCUGCGUUGAUGUCUGGCCAUCCGACGCAGCUCGUGUAAUGAGCAAGUACGUGUCUAUGUUACGCCGGAGCGUAGGCGUACCGAUUAUCUUCUCCGUCGAUGUUCGAGCGCUACAGAUCAGCAAAAGGUCGCUACCCCUCCCUUUCGAGGAAAUAUACUUCAAAACUCUCAGCCACGGAUUGAGAUUGGGCGUUGAGUAUUUAUCUCUAGACUUGACGCAAAGCGAUAUCGCAGACAACCCUGCAACAUCCAAGCUUCUUCAAUUUAAAGGCCGAACGAAGAUCAUCGGCCAUUUCUUUUUGGACUACUCUCACGGCCUUCCCUGGGAAACUGACGACUGUAUGCGAUUAUACAAGAAAGCCGAACUUUUGGGAUGUGACGUUGUCCGUAUUCUUCAAGUGGCAAAGCAUAGGUUGGACAACGAUGCUGUCUGCGCCUUGAGAGCAAAAGUUAGAAGUCUUCCGGGCAACCAUCCGCCGUUAAUAGCGUACAAUGUCGGUAUCCUGGGACGAACAUCCCAAGUCUUCAAUCAGAUUCUGACUUCGGUGACCCACUCGGCUAUAAAGAAGAAGCGCGAUGUCGAUGGCUAUGAUCCUCUCAUCACAUCACGGGAUGCUGUUAGGGCGUUGUUUCAAAGCUUCGUUCCCGACCCAUUACAAUUCUACGUUAUUGGCACGAACGUCACGUACAGUCUCUCUCCAGCCAUGCAUAAUGCUGCAUUCCAUGAAUACGGGAUGGCUCACACAUAUAGAAUUCCUGAGAGGACCUCGCUAGCCGAGCUGGAUCGCCUUGCCAUGGAUCCUAAUUUUGGAGGUGCAAGUAUUCUCCAACCAUGGAGAGUAAAGGUAUUCGAGCUUGUUGCGGCCAAGAGCCGGCAUGCAGAGGCUAUUGGGGCCGUUAACACAGUGAUGCCUCUUCGGGCUGAUGCAACGGGAUACAUUUAUCCCCUCAAAGAGCAGGCAAGUCUGAGGAAUCGAGCUGGUAGGGUAGCCGGCUGGUACGGAGAUAAUACCGACUGGAUCAGCGUAUUUGUUUGUCUACGCAGGAGUCUUUCUCCUCGAAAUGCGAUUUCAUCGAAAUCCACAGGGCUCGUCAUCGGAGCUGGAGGGCUGGCGCGGGCUGCCAUAUACGCAAUGCUGAAUCUGGGUUGUCGUAGUAUUUUUAUAUAUAAUAGGACUGUCGAAAAUGCCGAAACGGUGGCAAGACACUUUAACUCAUGGGCAUCAUCGUCGUCUGAGUCUGGCCAAGUUGUCCGUGUUUUGCCUUCAUCGAAGACCCUAUGGCCAUCUGGCUUUGCGUUCCCUUGCAUGAUCGUGUCAUGCGUGCCCGCAAACACAGUCGGCGGUGAUUCCCCCACGGCACUUGAAUUGUCAGAGCAGUGGUUGGGCAGUCCAACUGGAGGAGUGGUUCUUGAGAUGGCAUAUAAUCCUAUCAACACCGAUCUGUUGAAGAAGAUGCGACGAUAUCUCAACGAAGCCAAGAAGCCAUGGGUUCUUGUCGACGGACUUGAAGUCGUCGCUGAGCAGGGUAUUGCCCAAUUUGAGUUGCUUACUGGGAGACGAGCGCCUCGCCGGUUGAUGAGGCGUGAAGUGCUCCGUAAUUAUGUUGGCGAGGAGGGCCGGUAUGAUGAGAAAACCAUCAAUGCUAGGCUACGUGGAAUCAGCCGAGUGGGAUACUAAGAUACAUACGUAUCCGUGGAUGGAUGUGAAGGUGUACACAUGCAUUCAGAAAGUUAUCUGAGGUUCUGAUUGAUGCUAUCAUCAUGUUAAAUUCCUUUCUGUCGAUUUUCAAUUUCCGUGUGGCAUUGAAUGGAGUGCA